UUUCCUUUCACGAACAACAUUUUUAAAAGUCGAUAACUCCCUGUUGAGUAAUACUCUACUUUUCUUUUAUUAUUAUAGGUAUAGACUCGUUUUUAUAUUCGUUUCGUUAAAUAUGAGGUGAUGCAAGAAAUUUUCAAACAUUUAAAUAUAAAUAUUCGAGGUUAUAAAUGACAGCAAGUUAAUUCAUCCUAUUUUUAUAUAGCAUAAAGAAAAACCACCUUAUUUCAGUACUUAUAUAUUAGUGUAAAUUGAUUAUACGAUUAACAAGAUUGUUUAACUGAAAUUUUAGUAACAAUCAUCUAGAAAUAUUUUUAUUAUAAUUAUGGCGUCGGCAAGAUCAAGACGAAUCAAUGCCGGCAAUAAAAUGGCGAAACUGCUCAAUGAGGAGGAAGAGGACGAUUUUUAUAAGACUACUUAUGGGGGCUUCGACGAAACCGAGCAAGAUAAUGAUUACAAGGAAGAGGCUGAAGCUGAAGAUGAAGUUGAUUCAGAUUUUAGCAUAGAUGAAAAUGAUGAGCCCGUAUCUGAUCAGGAAAUUGAGGAGAAGAAGAAAAAAAAAGGUGUCUUUACAAAAGCUUAUAAAGAACCGGCUAAGCCUUCUUUAUCUAAACCUAAAGAGAUACCGAAGAAGAAAAAAGCUCGCAGUCAAAAAGUGGCUAGGAUAUUUAUGAAUAAUAUUGAAAGAAAAUCAAUUAGACGAUCUACUGCUGCAAAAUCUGCUGCAACUUUAAAAAGAUUAAAGGAAAGAAAUGAAGAUCAACGGAAAAAAGUUAAAACAGUAAGACAUGAUGAUUACAAACCAACUCAAGAUGAAUUAUUAGAAGAGGCACUGUUGACUGAAGAAAUAAAUUUAAAGUCAUUAGAAAAAUAUCAGAGACUAGAGAAUGAGAAAAAAAAUGCACGAACUGUUCGCAAAACUAACAUAGGACCUAUGAUAAGAUAUCAAUCUUUAUCAAUGCCUGUGAUGGUAUUAUCAAACUCUAAUAAAGAAAAAGAAAUUAAAAUAAAUUGCAAUAAAAAUGAUAAUGAAAUGGAAGAAACUUCCGCAAAAUGUAUUGAUGUGAAUAAAAGUAAUAAAAAUACUGGGGAUAAAACAAAGGAUUCGAACAUUGUAUUGAAAGAAAGAAGUUUUGAUUGCAUUGAAACUAAUGGAUAUUAUGAAAGGACUUUUGUUACUUUUGAGAAUGUUCAACAAUUUAAUGAUAUUUUCAAAAAAAAGCAAAAUUUAAGGCCAACUCUAAAGUCUCUGUGUGCAAUUACAAGAUUACCAGCAAAAUAUUGCGAUCCUAUGACCCAACUUCCAUAUAGAAAUGUUCAAACCUUUCGACUGUUAAGGGAUGCUUAUUAUCAACAAGUAGAAACACAAUCGGAUCUCAAUAAUCCAUUAAUUAGCACAGAAUUAGCACGAUGGUUGGAGUGGAGACAAAAAAAUAAUCAAAAUUUUCAAAGGAGUACUGUACGCUUAGAACCUGCUUCGGCUUCUGCUCCCUAAUGUAUGCUCCCUUUAAGAAAUAAUUAAUUUUGUAUUAUAUUUUCGUGUAACUAUCACUAAUUUUAAUAAGAAUAU